GUCUGGUGUCGGUGACCGGCGGCAAUCCUCGUGAAGUCUCGUUCAUGGCCUCUCGACUUGCGGAGAUUCUUUCAAAAGGGCGCAGCAACUUCCGUUGUCAUAUAUAAAGCGGUGUGGUGCACUCCAUGGAUUUUUCCUCCUCCACAUUUCUGUCGAUUUCAUCUCCAGCUUCCUUACUUUGCCGAGCCAUUGUUGUGAAGCCCGUCAACUAUUCUCUACUCUCAAGAACAAAACCUAGAAACCCACUGACAGCUUCCUGUGCAGUGAACUUUAGAAACAUUGGUUCUGUUUCUUGGGUUUACGAAAAAAGGAUCUCAAAUUUAUCGCAUAUUUUGAUGAGGUCUAGCGCGUUUCUUCCAAUCCUUGCUUCUAAGAGAGAGACGGAACUGAAUUCCGGCAUCACCGAUGCACGUAUAGUCGCUGCGGCUGCCGCUACGGUAAUUCUCGCUGUGGCGAAUCGAGUCCUGUAUAAGCUUGCUCUCGUUCCCAUGAGGCAGUACCCCUUCUUUCUAGCCCAGGUCACGACCUUCGGUUAUUGUGUAAAGCAAACAGUUUUUAAACGCAGGUAUGUGGCAGUAUAUUUCUCUAUUCUUUAUGUUAGAUGCAACUUUGGAAUUGUUACCAAAGAAAUGCUGGCAGUUCCAAAAUCUCGAUUUAUGGCUAUUGGUCUUCUAGAGGCCCUUGGAGUUGCUUGUGGGAUGUCUGCUGGAGCUAUGCUUCCGGGACCUGCAAUACCUAUAUUAUCUCAGGCUUUCCUGGUAUGGCAGCUUGUCUUAUCUGUAUUGAUAUUAAGAAGAAGGUACUCAUUAAACCAAAUUCUUGGAUGCUUGCUUGUAACAGCAGGAGUGAUCUUAGCUGUAGCAAGUGGGUCCUCUGAUGGCCAAUGGUUAUCUGGCAUUGAGUUUCUAUGGCCAGCACUAAUGGUUGUUUCUUCUGCCUUUCAAGCGGGCGCAUCCAUUCUCAAGGAAUUUGUCUUCAUUGAUGGUGCAAAGCGCCUUCAGGGUAAAACUCUUGAUAUAUUUGUAGUCAAUUCAUUUGGGUCUGGAUUCCAGGCUCUUUUUGUCUUUCUUCUUCUUCCUUUUCUGUCCAAUUUGAGAGGAAUUCCUUUCACCCAACUGCCACAGUACCUGAAAUAUGGUGCUGCAUGUUUCUUGAAUAUCGGAGGCCAUAUAGCAGAUUGCGAAGGUGCCCCAUUUCUACCACUGCUUUUCAUAUUAACCAACAUGGCUUUCAACAUUUCUUUGCUUAAUCUGGUGAAAAUGUCUUCUGCGUUACUUUCUUCACUUGCAGCUACUUUAGGAGUGCCUCUUUCAAUAUACAUUCUGUCCCUUCCAUUACCUUACAUUCCUGAAGGCACAAAUUUGAAUGCAUUUUUCGUCAUUGGAACUGCGAUUCUUGUGUCGGGUUUGACACUUUAUAAUCUUCCCAAACCAGGCAACCAGCCCCAUAGAAAUGAUUGAAAAUUCCAUCUCUCACCAAUUGCAGAAUUUCUUCAUCUGUGGCAGUGUACUGCUGGUUCAUACAUUGUUUUUUUUAAAGCAAGGUCAGAAGGCCCGAGGUCCAGGCUGAUUCAUUGCAUGUACAUGUUAAUAAUAUAAAUUUUCGUUUCUAACUGAUAUUUAUCUGUUAGCUUCAUUAUGAGAACAUCACAAGGACCAAUUCGAUUCAUUGUAUAUUUAAAUAUUGUGUUUGAUGUUGUGAACUUAAUUAUGAGCAGCACAACAUUUGCUUACCUGACAUAGAUGAUUUGGAAAA